UUUAUUACUCUGAUCCGUCUUUGAAUUUCAGAGAACAAAUUAUAUAUAUGGUUCUAAUUGAUAUAUAUGAUCUUAGUUCUUGACAAGAACAUACUGAGCUUUUCUGUGAAGGUGGCAUUAUUUAGUUUUUGUGUAACUGAUGAUACUGCCUAUUGGGUUAUUAACUUUAUAAUCAUUCCAGACAACAUGUAAUUGUGUCAUUGUCUUGUUUUUGACCACUACGUUGUCUGUUGUUUUCUCAUCUUUAAUUUCAUGCAAACUGUGAAACUUCAUGGAUUAUUCCUAAUUUUCUUUUUUGACCUCCUGUAUUCACUGUUUCUUAUGUGCAGUUGCAUGUACAGUGUUUUUGACCCCCCUGGACAAAAACACUGUGCUACAGUGUCCUCUUGAGUCACAAGAUCCACACUAAAGUGCCCUCUAGGGUGGUAAAAACAUUAAGGACGUACCAUACUAGCUGUGGCCUCUAAAGCAAAAUAUAAAUUGAAAAUAUGGAUUGUUUUUAAUGGAGUGCCUUUCUAGUGGAGAAAAGUGUUUCUCUAUAAGAUGCCCUUGUAACUUUGUGUCCUAUGGGUGCCCUUCCAAUCAAAAAGGGUGCCGUUAUGAAAUGGCCUAAUGCCCCUACAUGACAGUGUCCCAAAGGGAGUACUUAGAGGAAAUGAUUUACAGUGCUGUAUAGGAAAUGCCCAUCUCGGUGAUAGCCUUGGGCCCCAGUUCACACUUCAGACAUGCCUGCCUUAAGCGUACUAGUGGUCUGCCUCACUAGUGCGCAGUAGGUGCCCAUUUAGUUCUUGCCCCAUCCUUCCAAAUGUAUGUGUACCACAAAAAAGAAAAAAAAAGCCCAAUGUCAGUUCCGAUUUUUAUAAAAAAGUGUUUUUCACACUCAGCAUCUCUACUGUUGAAGCAUACUUUACAAUUCCUUUGUGUAAGAUGAGAAAUACAAUUGAGAGGGAUUUAGAAAAAUACACAACGGAGGUUGCAAAUGAGGGGGCCAAAGGAUUGUGGUGAGAUGGCUAAUUGUUCUCUGGCAUUUGGGAGGGAAGAUGGGAAGAUAAUUCAGACUGAUGGUGGAACAGGCUUUUUUCAGACACAGUCCUUUAUGAGUGUGUGGCUGCAUUGUUUCCUUUGUUAAGUUUGUUGUGCACUGCCUUGACAAAUGGAAUUGCUCACAUACCAAUUCACAACGUACCCUUAAACUACAGUAAGUGAAAGAUGGUAAUGCCAGUAUUUAUUCAAUCUAAAGUUUCUUACUAAAACGUAUGUAAAUGUAUUAAUGCUGAUGCGCAGACAUACUUGUGCCUUGUUGUAGAAAAGAAAAUGGUUCUUAACAUAGUUUGUGUUAGAAUCUAGCCAUGUCAGUGGAUAUUGCCACCACAUGUUGUUGUUUUUGUUGUUGUGCACAUUCCACCAGAGGAGAAACAUUCUUAUAUGUACACAUAUUUAUCAUCUUGACAGUUAGAGCCAGCUUUAACACAGUCACGUAAAAAAUGUUCCUUUAAAUAUAACCUCAUUGUCAUUGCUUUCUUCUAUUGUGUCAGCUUAUUGACAGCCUUGUUGAUUGUGUGUGUGCGUGCGGGAGGGCAGGGUGGAUCAGGCAGAUGUGUUUUAGCUAAUAGAGAGUGAGAGCAGCUGGGCAGGGCAGGGCUAAUAGACCCAAUGACAUCAUCCAGAGAAGCAGAGAGAGAGAGAGAGAGAGAGAGAGACACACACACUGUGAGUGUAGGAGUGAGCUGCCUCAGGCAGUAAAAGGAAGCUGGCCAGCACAAACAGAGGAGAGCAGCAUGAGAGUGGGACAGUUUGUGUGCGUGAACGGGAGAGGACCAGACUGCAUUCAUUUGACUUCAGCAAGGAUAUAGACCUCUGUCUGGAAGAUUUUUUUCUCUAGGAUUCUCCCCUCUUGUGUCGCACCUUCCCCUCCUCCCCUUCCCCCUUCCCCCCCUUCAUCCUCUGGCAGUUAUCCCUCCUCAGCUCCUGCUUCAGGCGGCUCCUCCGGGCAUGCUCCUUAAGCCAAAGUAUGACCGCUUUCGCAACGAGUCUGUGACCUCCUCCGACGACCUGAUGCAGAGCUUAGCCAUGAGCAGCAAAGUUGUGGCCACACCAGUAGUCCCCUCCUCCACCCCACGCCUUCCUUUGCCUUCCCUGCCUACUCUGGAUCCCAGUACCAGGACCUCUUCCUCUGCCAGGGCUACAGCCCUGGCUGACUCCCCUUGCAUGGAUGGGGAGCAGGAUGGCACCACAACCUUCUGCAUGCUCAUCCCUAAGAUGCCCCAGUGGAAGUUCUCCAAUUCCCUGCUCAGCCGGAGCCCAUCCAACUCCAGCUCUAGCUCCAGCUCUAGCAAGGACUCGGGCAAGGCAGCAGCAGCUCCUUCCCAGGCCUCUGUUUCCCCUCCUUCAACAUCGCACAGACCCAGCGGUGCAACUUCAGCCAGUGGUCCAGUGGCAAGUCUUGCAGCAGUUCUUAACUCCUGUGACCCUGUGUGUGUCACCCCCUGUUCUCUACAGGCCUUCCGGGGUCAGAGAGCAGUCGCAGCAGCAAACUCUGCCAGUGCAGUGGGGCAUGGAUUUGGGGCUUCAGAGGCUAUGGCAAGCCCAAGUCUUUCCAGCAGCUCCAGGUCAGGAUUGAAUCGCAGGACAAGGGUAGAAGGCAUGUGGCUGGGGGGAGAAGAUUUCAACCAAAAGGGCAGCUUCAUUCACAAACCCUCUCAGGGCUGGCUGCACGCUGACAAGAAGAUUGCAGGACCAGGAGCCUCUUAUAUUGUCAGGUACAUGGGCUGCAUUGAGGUGUUGAAGUCAAUGCGCUCCUUGGACUUCAACACAAGGACUCAGGUGACAAGGGAAGCCAUCAACAGACUCUGCGAAUCUGUGCCUGGAGGAAAGGGGCCUUGGAGGAAGAAGGCCCAGAAUAAAGCUCUCCAGUCUAUUAUGGGGAAGAGUAACCUACGGUUUGCAGGCAUGAGCAUCGCAGUCAACAUUUCCAUAGAUGGCCUUGGCCUGCUCAUUCCGACCACACGACAGGUGAUAGCUCAUCAUCCUAUGCAGUCCAUCUCAUUUGCCUCUGGGGGAGACACAGAUACACCUGAUUAUGUAGCGUAUGUGGCCAAAGACCCAGUGAAUCAGAGAGCAUGUCAUAUCCUGGAGUGCUCUGAUGGUUUAGCCCAGAGUGUUAUCAGCACCAUCGGCCAGGCUUUUGAGCUGCAGUUCAAACAGUAUCUGCACAGCCCUCCCAAAACCAUGGCGUCUGUAGAAAGAUCUAUCAGGCCAGAGGAGCCAGUGUUGGGAGAAGAUGAGGACUUCUCGGAGCAUGAUUACUACAAUAGUAUCCCAGGGAAAGAGCCUCCACUUGGAGGCGUAGUGGAUUCCAGACUCAGGCCCAGUGGCGGUCUGCUGGGCCACAUCCACACCCAGCCACAGAGCAAGAUGGCAGCACAGACGGGCUCUGCAGUGAGGAGGGAGCAAACAUCUUAUCCGCCUGGUCAACUGUGUUAUGAGCUUCACUGGGACACUGAGACCAGCAGCUCAGGCCUUACAUCCGAUGGUUACCUGUGUGCUGACGGUCAACCACCUGGUAGCAGAGACUAUGAGGAGCAUCAGUAUGUUAACACCCAGAGCCUGGAAAACCUAGAUUCACUGGCACAUGGACUCUGUGGACACAGAGGAAGCAGGGUACCAGACAGUCCUAAGAAAGAUCUCUUCGAUAUGAGGCCCUUUGAGGAUGCCCUGAAACUCCACGAGGCCAGUGGUGGAGCCCUUGGCUCCGGUGUGUCCGCUACAGGUGGAGGUGCUGGUGGUGGAGUUAGGAUCCUGGAGGACCAAUGGCCGAGCCCUCCACGCCGCCGAGCCCCCGUUGCCCCAAAUGAGGAUCAGCUCCGCAGGGAGGCCUGGUAUCACAGCCGCAUGAGCCGCCGAGAUGCAGAGAAACUCCUAGUGCGAGACGGAGACUUCCUUGUGCGGGAAAGUACGACUAACCCGGGACAGUACGUGCUAACAGGCAUGCACUGCGGUUUGCCCAAACACUUGCUGCUAGUAGACCCUGAGGGAGUGGUCCGAACCAAAGACAUGUUAUUUGAGAGCAUAAGUCACCUUAUCUCAUAUCAUCUAAAGAACGAGGUGCCUAUUGUAGCCGCAGAGAGUGAGCUUCACCUUAAACAGGUGGUCAGAAGGAAACUGUGACCCACCGACCCCCUUAAUUGGACGCACUGAAUCUUUGUGUGACCAUGCAGAACAAUCACAGAAAAUAAACUCUAACUGGGAAUUAUUCAUCCCCGAUGGAUAUUUAGCUGGAACAAAAGGAUUUCACUGACACUGUCUUACAAUGAACACCUCUACCAAGGAGAAAAAGACAUCUGACGUGUCCUAGUACUUUCUCGGCCUGUCAGAUCAACCAAACUAUCUCUCAUCGGUCAUAAACUCCUCAGCAUGCAGCAAUUAAGCUAUGAAAUCUGUCGAAGUUUGUCUUACUGCUGAGCUGGAUGAUUGUCAACCAGUGUGACUGCUCAGAGAGGACCCAGCUUCAAAAGAAAAACUAAAAACCCUAAGGAUUUAAUGCAGAGUGAAGAGAAGUUCUGCAAUGUUCUGUCAUAGUUAUGUGCUUCCUGUACACCAUAGCUUGCCCCAACUCGUCUCAGAACAAACUGUCACAUAAGGAUCCAAUCUCCAAACGAACACUGUUACUGAAUAUUUGGUGCGGAUAUAAAAUAACAAAGGUGGCCAGCUUCCAAAUUCAGUUGUUAAUUUCAUUGUGAAUGCAAGAAUUAAAAAAAUAAUGGCGUUAUACUGUAAGAUACGGUACAUUUUAAAGAAACAACGGACUGUAAAGAGCGUUUUUUGUAUUGAUCACAGGUCUGCAGUACCUGACUCUGAGGUGGCACAAUAGAAAUACACCAAACUGGAUAUGAAUUGUCUUCUUUGUUUCUACACAAUACAGUAUAUCCCAUUUACAAAAAACAUGCAGUCAUACUAUAUCUCCAUCUGGGCCACCAUGUAAGCCGAGUGGACAUAAGGUUUUCUUGAAAGCAGGGGGUUUUCACAUUAUCUACCAUGAAUAUCCGUUGUUUGUGUUGUGUAUUCAAGGGCUGUUCAUAUUUUGCUGAAGACAUAUUGUAUGUGUUGUGUUGCCCUGUGACAAAUAUUGGUCAGACUGUACUCUAAAUGGGUCAGAUGAAUACUACAGUACAUCCUGGGCUGGAAACACACCACUCAGUAUAUCCAUGCCUGUAUUUCCUCAGCCCCCUCCAACGUUAGUGCCUUAACGACGACAGUGACAGGCAUUUGUGUCAGAGUGUGUAUAUAAUGUGCAUUUACUGUGUGCUACUAAUGCAAAAGACUAGUUUUCUUGCCAUGCCAAUGAAUGACUGAACAAACUUCAGGACGAUUAAGCUCUUAUACUUGUGUGAACAUUAAUCUAUGCUGCUCUUGUUUUGGGGGUAACUAAUGUUUAAUACUGCCAUGACAUGCUCAUGAUUGUCUUCAAUGUGUCCCUCAGAAUGUUCCACCGGGUGGAUCUUUUGCUUUUCUUUGAUGCAAGCCAUAGAUAGCUCUCAAUAGAUAGUUACUGACAUUAAAGACAAGGGAUUUGGACUUGUGGUUAAAUUCACUGUUUGUCAGACUAAAGUUAUAUCAGUUUAUUAAUUGUCCUUGUCCUUCCUGUCUGUCAGUGACUUGCUGGUCUUAUUUCUGUUCUUUGGCGCUGACACUGAGAGCAAUUCCCAAUGUAAUACUUUUAAAUCUCACAUAGUUACAGCCUCAUGAAUGCACAGAGAUUAGGUGAGCUGCAAUGGUUUUGUUAAUGUUCAAAUAAUCAAUGUAUGUUUACCAGGUGUCCUCUUUUGUGUUCUCAGGAAUUUCUUUUUCUUCCUCUUUGAUUACGUUUAUUAGCCUUUUUCCAAUAAACUUAAUUUAAGACUCGAUGAUAGAUUAAAGAAACUCAAA